UUCGUUCGCGAACGUCACAACUCUAAUGUUGACAGAGCUCGUGCAGUGCAACAGCAUCUCCGUGUUUGACACCGCAAGCCGGACUGUUUCUCAAAGAGGAGGCCGUCACGUUACACUUUCACCAUGGGAAAAGUUGAAGGCGGGAUGAAAUGUGUGAAAUAUCUCCUCUUCGUGUUCAACUUUAUAUUCUGGAUGAUUGGCUCGCUGGUUCUGGCUGUGGGGCUCUGGCUGAGACUAGAUGCAAAAACCGUGUCUCUUUUAGAUGGGGGACCCGGUACCUUCUUUAUCGGGGUCUAUAUCCUCAUCGGGGCCGGGGGUCUGGUGAUGCUGGUGGGCUUCUUCGGCUGCUGUGGUGCCGUGAGGGAGUCUCAGUGCCUUCUGGGAUUGUUUUUCACCUGUCUUCUGGUCAUCUUUGGAGCAGAAGUCGCUGCAGGAGUGUUCGGGUUCCUCAACAAAGAAAAGAUCAUUGGGGAAAUCAAAGAUUUCUAUGACAAAUCAGCAGAAAACAGCAGUAAUGCAACCGUAAACCCCUACCAUGACACCUUGAACUGCUGCGCCUCAGCCAGUUUGUGUCAAAACGUCGGAUCAAACCAGACAUGUCACGAGGCCAUCGAAGAGUUUUUCAACAGUAAGCUCUUCAUCGUGAGUUCUGUGGGGAUUGGAAUUGCAGGAGUCAUGAUUAUUGGCAUGAUCUUCAGUAUGGUCCUUUGCUGUGCAAUUCGGAACAGCAGGGAGUUGAUCUAACAUGGUCUUCCCCACCUGGACAUGACCUUUCACCUUUGACACUUAACCUUUGUUGGACUUGCAUAUACAACAAUAACAUUCCAACAAAGUCCAAGGUCUUCUUCUGCCACCCGGGAGCCAAAAACAGUCUCCACUUCCAUAACCCUGUCCACCUCAGCCAAACGAUGGUUAGUCCAGCCUAGUUGUUUAAAGUCUUUUAAAUAGCUGGAUUGUCUUUUAUUUAACGUCUGCUUUGGAGCUGGAUCUUCCAAAUGCGACUAAAACAAGACGCCUUUCUAUUAUUUCUUCAAAGUGUUUUUUAAUACUGUAUCAUUCAGAUUUUGACUUCAGUUGGAGUGCACAUUGAUCAGCUCUUUCUGCGAGGUUUUGCAGAUGAUGCAUUGAGGCUGUCGCUGCAUGGCUUCACAUGUCAGGUAAAAAUAUUGUGUAAUGUGAUGCCAGGGGUUCUGUGGCAAACCCACAGCUGCUGGGAACGGUGUUAAGAAGACCCACAGAUGCCUUUCACUUUACAUUUGUACUUAAAAAGUAGUCUUCUACAACACCGACACAUUCCAAACGCAAAUGAACAUUAUCGAAGGAUCAGAACGACAUGCACACGCGCACAAAUCUCUCAAAACUCUUCAGAAGAAUCCUUGCAUGCAUAUCAUCCAGUAUUCCCUCUUAAAGGGACAGUUCACCCAAAAUGUUCCAAACCUGUUGAACACAAAAGAUACUUAGUAGAAUCUUCGUAACCAAACAGUUGACUUGUAGUCAAUGGCUAUCGUCAGCUACUCUUCAAAGUCUCUUCCAUCUUUGUUCAACAUCUGAAAGAAACUCGUACUGGUUUGGAACAAGUCGUGGUUGAGUAAAUAAUGAUUUUCAGGUGAACUGUCCCUUUAAGUCCCUCCUCCCUUCUGAAUUUCUCCAUGUCCUUUUCACUCUAGGAGAGGCACACUAACACACAUUCCCUGCUCUGCUUUCUUGCGUUUGAACUCACAGUAACAUCGAUGAUCCGGUUUCUGUUAUGCAAUAGCCGGGCUCAUCUGAAGCCCCCUCUGAUAAUGGUACAGCCCGGUAUUUUCUGGCACGAUGGAGCCAAAUCCUCUCAUUCUCAAGGUGGAUCUUAUGGGGUAGAGUUGCCUGGUUAUUUUACACAUGUAGCUAAGUAAAGACUCGAGGCUGAAGAUCCACUGACACUGUCUUGUGCCCUCUACCAUUCAACCAUCUGCACUGUGAAAACCAAUCAUUUGCUUGUUUCUUUCAACAGUUGAGGAAGGUCCUUAGAAGAAGAGUUAUAAUUUUUUUUAUUUCAUCAUACAUGCAUUUAUAUCAUUUGCAUGAAUAAAUUAUACAUACAUUUUGUUAACUUUAAAAUAAUUGGGAGACUGAUCCUGUGAAUACCUUUUUACAAUGUCACACAUUCACUUAUUUAAUUAGUGAGUAGUUUUUAUUUUAUUUUUUUUUAGUAGUUUUUGUGAUUUUUAUUGGAUAGGAUGGGGAUGUUGAGACAAGUAAUAAGAGAGGGAAACAGGAGGUUUAGGUCACUCGAGACGCAUCUGCGUCAUAUGUCGUAUUUUGAGGUUUAAAUGAGAUUUUGUUUCUCAGAUUUUCAAUGAAGCCUCUCACUUUUGACCCCCCCACCCCCUUUUUUAAUUUGUCAAUUAUCCUUCAUCUUUAAUGAUCAAAUUCAGGAUUCUGAAAUAAACACAUAUCUCGAAGUUUUAAUUAAUCAAAUUUCAUUAGCGAAAUUCGACAAAAAUAGUCACCUUUCAAUAGUGUAGCAAUGAUGUCACUUUCAAACAAAGCAACUUUCUGUCGGUCAAAGCAGAACAUUUUGGACCAACUUGAACAUGAGUGAAAUCUAUGUGUGGAACUUAUUCGCCCUCAUGUGAAACUCCCAAACAUGCCGAGCAGCAAUAUGUGUGUGAGUGUAUGUGCGGUCUUAAGUCCUAUGUACAUAUCUGUGAGAGUUUCAUGAGUUGUCAUUGUAGUUGUAGCGAUCAUCAAUAUCUGUAUUGUGCGGUUAAUAUGUAUUUGAGACAGUUUUGGCCACUCUACAGCAACUUGUGUUUCAUAUUUUGCAUUUGAAUAUUAAGGUGUCUUUUUUAUUUAUCAGAAAAAAAAACAUUGUAUUUGGUUAAAGGUUUUUUUCUUCUUCUUUAUUUGUUUGUUUUUUAAUGAAAUGAUUUGAAAAGUAUGGAAGCCCUUUUCCGCCACUGAAUAAAAAAAAUGUAAAAAGUAAUUGCAAAUUUUUAUCUAACAAUUCAGACUUUUUUUCUCGCAACUGCAAGUUCAUAUCUAGCAAUUCUGACUUUUUUUUUUAAGAAUUGCGUGUUAUAAAGUCAAAAUUGCGAGAUAUAAACUCAUAAUUGAAAGAUGCGAUUAUUUUUUGUAAUUUUGUUUUAUAUUAAGUGGCGGAAAUGGGUUUCCAUAGAAAAGGGACGAAAUUUAUUUUUUUAUUAUUUAUGAGGCAGAAGUUGGUUGGUCAGAUAUAUUUCUGCUGGUGCAUCACUGCUGAAGUCAAGUUGAAGCGGCAUUAGAGUAGCGAUUAGGAUACGUCGUAGUUGAUGCUAACAGAGAGUUACACAUGAAAUACAGUAAGUGUUUUGUUAACAUUUAAGUGUUGAUGUAGAUCUGUCCUCGUACCCAAAAGCAACCCAGUCAUGGUUGUUCAGAGUCAGACUGUAAAAUACGUGUGGCUUUCGAGUAGAGGCUCUGUUGUAAACCUUUUUUAGUGCAUUAUUCCUACACUUUUGUGUAAAAAAUGUUUUGUACUGUAAACAUAACACUGCGGUCUUGAUGUUAGUGUUCAUAAUGUGUGUGUUUAAUUUAUUUUCUGGAGAGAAAGUUCAAAACAGCAUUCAAGUUUCUCAGGAACAUUGCAGCAUGAGAACAAAUAAACUAGUUUGAAGUUUC